CUCAAUGGCAGGGUGUGUAGGAGAAGGGAAUUGACUUGGGACUUCUGAAUUUCCGAGUUUAGAUGUCGCCUGACGCCUAGGCCAUAGGUUUUAAUUGUUUUUGUCACUCGCAAAGUCGCAACUCCUAACGAUAUUCCUAUUUUCCGCCACUCUUUAGCGUUUACUGACGAGUCAAUUUCUUUGUAAUUUUCCUUCACUUGGUUCGUCGUCAGUACCCCGUCUUGAGACGCGAUGGUCUGAAACCUAUCUAAAAGUCAAUAAAUUGAUAUUUUCAUUGUUUCUGUUUUUUUUUUUUUUUAAUUUCGUCUGAUAAGUGAAAACCAGCAGACGAGCACAACUUAAGAUGGAAAGUCUUUGCAACUACGCUAGUGACGAUGACAACAGUCCGACUAUUCCUAGUCCUCGGAGGGAAGUCCAUACUAAACUUACCAGAACAAAUGGAAUGGAAGCUGAUGCAAAUUAUGAACAAGUUACCAUGGAUAUGAGUGAGCAGGAAUCAAACCAUAGCUCAACCAAAUCGCCUCCACCCAAAAGCCAAACUUCACCUUCUAGUUCAGCAUCAUCCCCUAUAUCUAUAUCGCAAACUUCAAGGUCACGUAAUACCAGCAAACGUGGAAAUCAUAGUGAUACUAAAACAAGUAGUUCUGAUGAAGAAAAAAAAAGUCAUAUCCGUCAUAGAAGAAAUAAAUCAAGAGAUCGUCAUAGUAAAAAACAUUCUCAUCGAUCAAGGAGUCGCAGUAGUGGUAGAAAACGUUCUCGGCGAUCCCGUAGUCAUAGUCAUAGUCGUAACAAGAAACGAACACGUCGAUCACGCAGUCGAAGUGAAAGAAAUGGUAAUAGUAGAAGAUCGAGUCCUCAAUCAAGACAUGAAACAAAGAAUCAUAAUAAACACAGUCGAUCUAGAAGUAAAGAAAAAUAUACAUCAUCACAUAAUUAUUUCUUGGAAAAGAAAGCUAAUAAUAAACGGCAAAUUUUAGAUAAAUUGGGAAUUGAAUUAAAAGUUCCUGCUGUUGGAAGUUCAGUACUGCCAUCAACCACAACAGUCACCCCUCAACUAUUGCUACAAAAAUCUAUGGAAGCACAAGUUGAAAAAGUGAAAGAACAAACAGGCAUAGAGUUACCAUCUUACUACAAUCCAGUAGCUGUUAACCCUAACAAAUAUGCUGAACAGAUUCAAAAACGAAAACUUUUAUGGGGAAAUAAACAAAACAAUGAGGUUGUUAAAAAAAUUGAAGAGGCUAAACCAUCUGUAAUUACUAACAACAAGACUGCAACCAUUUGGCAGUCCACAAAAUUUGGAGAUCAAGAUGGAAAAGUUACUGCUAAGUUUAAAAGGCUAAUGGGCAUCAAAGAUAGUGGGAUAGGUGUUGAUAAUCAAACAUCUCAGCAAGGACAAUCGAAAGACAUAAUUAAAAAACAAGAAGAAAUGUUUAACUCAAUGGAAAGUCAAUAUGAAGUUGCUCGCAUGGCAACACAUACUCACCGAGGGUUAGGUCUUGGUUUUGGUACAUUUCAACAGCGGUAGAACUUAUCUUUAAACAUUUAUAUAAAAAUUGUACAUUGAAACCCCACUAUUAGUAUUUAAUUUUAGAUUUCUUAAUAUGGAAU